CCAAUUUCGUAUGAGACAAGAAGAUAGUAGCUUUGUCAAUCCAAGAUCCCAACACAUGACCGCUUAACCCCUCCCAUUCCCAUGCUAUAAAAGGGCCCAACUUCCUCUGUCCUAAAUCUCACUAAGCAUUUAAUAAACAAACACAUAGCUAGAGGAAAAGAAAAACAGAUAGAAAGAGAGAACAAGAGAAAGAUGGUGUCUGGAGUGCAAAGAAGAAUGGUAUUGCGCAACAAGCUUCACAUUCUAAGAACCCUUACAUGCUCCAAAUCUGUGAAAAGAAAUUGUAUUAUUGCAGAUGCUGUUCUAUAUAUUUACAAGCUCAGUCUCAAGGUGGAGGCAAUUAAAAGAGAACUUUCAAACUUGAAUGCUAUCAAAAGUGAAUACUUGCGCCUGAUGAAGCAAGUCCAGUGCUUGCCCAAGAGGGAAGUGAAGGUAGAGAAAGCAGGGAAAGGGUUUCUUGUGAGGGUGAUUUGCGAAAAGGGAGGAGGUAAGCUGGUGCCAAUACUAGAGGCUUUUGAGAAAAUGGGUUUAAUUGUGCUGAAUGCUAAAGUGUCAUGCAACUUUUAUUUUGGCUUGGAAGCCAUUGUUGUAGCUGAAGAACAGCAUGCUCUAGAUGUAAAUAAUGUUACUCAAGAAAUUCUUGAGGCCAUAGAUAGGUAAAGGGAACAUAGAGAGAACCACAUAAAGUUUCCUGUGUAGUUAAUUAAUGACUUUUUCAAGUAAUCUUAUUGUUCAAGUCAUUGAUGUUGCCUUGACGCACUUUCUCCUUUGUUUGUCAGUUUCGUUUAAAAAGGAACUGAAGUACUUUCGAUGUCUUUUUCUCAAACUUUUU